UAAUGAUAAGGUUCAUAGUGUAGAAAACGAAACUACAGAACCAACACAAGAGGUUAGCUCAGACAGUGAAACCGUUAGGGAAGGUAAGAAUGUUGAUACAAUUUUAUCUUCAGAAGCAGAAAUUCAACAGACUUCUAAAGAAUAUGUAACAGAGAAAUGUAAAGAAUCCUCAGAUGUUCAUAUGGAGUCAGAAGAUUUUGAAUCUAUUAAUAAGGAGGAGGAUGAAGCAAAUAAUGUGAUUAAAAAUAUUCAAUCUUCCACUGCUACAGAUUUUUCAGUUGGAUCUACUGAAAUUCUGGAAGAAGAUGUGACUCAGGAUACGUCUAUGUUGGAUAAUUCUUCAGCUUCUGAAGAAAAAUGUAUGAUCAAUCCUAAGUCAUGUAAAGAAAAGAUUAAUGAAAGUGGAAUUCAAGAAACAUAUAAAAAGGGUGGAGAAAAAAUGAAAGAUGAUAAUUCUGGUUCUAACAUAGAUACAAAUUUAUCUGAAGAUAUUUUAGCUGAUAAAUGGAAGGUGAACAAUUCCGAUAAAAAUUCUAUGCACACGGUAUCAGUAGAAAAAUUGGAAGACGAAAGUGAGAACGAAUAUGAUAUUGUUUUAGUUGAUAAGGAAGCGUGGCAGGCUACAGAAGAUAUGAGCAAAGAAGAAGAAACAAAGAAAUCAUUCAAUUACGGUUUAAAUGACAUUGUAGUAAAAGCACAGAAAGAUACGCAGGAAGUACAAAAAAUGGAAAUAGAUGUAUCAGAGGGACAGUGUAAGAUGAACGAAAUUAAAUCUCCAAGGGCAACAAUUUUACGACAGUCUACACAACGAGAAACAAUUAAUGAUAACGAAAAUGUAACGACUAAUUCAGAAAAUGCAGAGAAUGUGUGUAUGCAAAAAUCGUCAGCAGAAGAAGCACAAAAAAUGGAAAUAGAUGUAUCAGAGGGACAGUGUAAGAUGAACGAAAUUAAAUCUUCAAGGGCAAUAAUUUUACGAGAGUCUACACAACGAGAAACAAUUAAUGAUAACGAAAAUGUAACGACUAAUUCAGAAAAUGCAGAGAAUGUGUGUAUGCAAAAAUCGUCAGCAGAAGAAGCACAAAAAAUGGAAAUAGAUGUAUCAGAGGGACAGUGUAAGGUGAACGAAAUUAAAUCUUCAAGGGCAAUAAUUUUACGAGAGUCUACACAACGAGAAACAAUUAAUGAUAACGAAAAUGUAACGACUAAUUCAGAAAAUGCAGAGAAUGUGUGUGUGCAAAAAUCGUCAGCAGAAGAAAGUCCUGAAGAAUCUACUCUGCACAAUGAUACAUCAAUGGAAAAGAAAAUAGAAAACAAAGAUUUAAUAACAAUGAGUGAGGAAGAUCAAAAUAAAUUAUUUACUGAUUUAUCUACAGAUAAGAAUAAAUCACCUGACAAUAUUUUAAAGAAACGAAUGUCUCUUUGUAAGUCUGUCGAAAUGAUAAAUAAUGAAAUUGAAGAAUCCAGUGAAUCUAAAACUUCGGAAAAAACGAAAUCAAUUAAUAAAUCGCAUGAUACACCAUUAUGUGAUUCUUCAAGUAACUCUAGUAAGUCGGAUAAAAGUAUAGAUUCUGAUAUUGAAAGGGAAUAUAAUUUGCAUGGCGAAGAACCAUCCAAGUUCUUGGAUGACGACGUGCCAGGUGAUGAGUGCAGAGCAUCAGAAACUGAAUCAUCGGAUCCUAAUGAUAAUGGAUCGGAUCUUGCAGAUUUUGUAGUGAAUGAUGAUGAUAUUUCUGAGGAGGAAGAAGAUCAGAAAAUUGAGAGUGACCAAGAAUUGUAUAAUAAUGAAAAUAGUGAAGUUCAAGAAAGUGAACUGAUUGAAGAACACGAGAAAGAGCAAAUUCAAAAAGAAAUUGAGGAGGAAGUAAUGAAAAAAGAACAACAGAAUAAAAUUCUAGAAAGAAAGAUUGAAACAGUAAUAAAUAAAUCCACGGAUACUACGAAUCGAAAAACAGGUAUAUCAAAGAAAUCCAUAAAUAUAAAUUUACCUGAAAUGUUCGAAAGAGAUAACAAAAAUGAGAAGAUAUCGAAAAUCGAAGGAGAUAAUAAAAGAAGAAGAAAUAAUAGUAUAAAGAAUAAUGGUGAUGACAGGGUAAACACAAAAAGAAUAAAGUAUGAGAAAGAAUAUAGGAAUCAAGCAAUGGGAUCUAAUACGACAGAAGUAUCGAGGAAGGGCGUGAAACGUAUUUCUGAGGAUAUUUCUGGAAAUUUGAGGGUGUCGAAGAAAAGAAAACAAUCGCAGUUUGAGAAACAAGAAUUUCCAUCGCGUUCAAUGAGUAAUUUAAUGAUUAAGAAGAAUAAAAUAAGUGUAGAACACGUUAAUUCAGUAAGUUUCUAUGGAAGCACAACAAAUUUUUCUGUAGAAAAUCUUCGUAAGGUGUCGAAAAGUAGGAAAACCUGAUACUUGCAGUAAUUCAGACAAACAAUGCUUUAAAGAAAUGCACGUCAAAGUGUUUCACUUUAUUUAAUGUAUUUAGAGAAUAUAAAUUUCUUAAUAAAUUAUAUUAAAUACUUACUUUAUAUACGUUUCAUUAUUGAUUGUUUAAUAGUUAUAAGGCAACUUGGGUAAUUCACUAAUGAAAAACCAUCAAACCAGCAUAAAGUUUAAAAAAGGAUGUGAUUGUUUGAGUUCUUUAGAUUCCCUUGAUAGAUUUCAUUGUGAUAAUUGCUGUUAUUUUUAUAUUUUAUUACAAAUAAUUGAAUUGUAAACUAAUUCUAUAAAUAUAAAGCACUGAUAA